AUGCGCGUGACCAAUCGAAGCAUCUUGCUGGCUCUAGCUGGAGUAGCAGCAGCAGACUCACCAAUUAUCGGACCAGUCUGCCCCUGGAACUCAUCGCCGAGACUACGGCUGCCAGUCUGCGCCAGUCCCGACUUCGUACGCGCCUCGAUAGCGCCUGAACUGCUGUUUGGCACCAAGGACGGCGUGCGGAACUUAACUUGGAAUCAAGCUGGAUGGCAAGGGCCGCAUCGUUGUAUUAAUGGGACAUGCCUCUUCUCGAAUGACAACAUAGGAGGCGGAAUCGCGCUGAUCACAAGCGAGCACCACGCAAAGAUAGUAGCAAGCUUCCCCCAGGGGCCCGCCGAAGAAGCCGCACCGCCGCCAUUCCACGUAGCGAAAGUGGCAGGCAAGGGCAUGGGACUCGUAGCCAACAGGACAAUUCGCAAGGGCGAGAUCAUCAUGCAACGCACGCCCACACUCCUAGCCCAGACCGCACCCAUCGUCGACCUAGACCCAACCCUCCGCGACCUCCUCUACGUCCUGGCCGUCGAAGCACUACCCGAUGCCCGACAGGCCGCCUUCAUGGCCCAGGUUGGUAGUGACAUCCACGAUAAGGUCAACACGAACUGCUUCCUGGUGUUCGUCGACGGCAGCAGCCACCUGGGCUGCUACCCCGAGGUCGCGCGCAUGAACCACGACUGCCGGCCCAACGCGCACUACCGCAUCAGCAACAUGACGCACACGACAGUGGCCGUACGGACCAUAGCCCCGGGGGAGGAGCUGAGCAUCAGUUACGUCGACCUCCUCCUCACGCACGCGGAGCGGCGCGCGCUCCUGCACAAAUGGGGGUUUGAGUGCGCGUGCGCGCAGUGCAGCCAGAGCGCCGCCGACACAGCCGCCUCCGACGCGCGACUGCGCCAAAUCGCGAAGCUCAAGGCUGAGCUGGGGGAUUUUUCGACAACGAAAGUCACGGCUGAGACGGGUGGGGAGAUGGUGGGGCUUUAUGAGGACGAGGGGCUGCAUACGUAUCUGGGGAACGCGUAUACGAGGGCCGCGCUGAAUUUUGCGCUGUUUGGCGAGGAGGAGAGGGCGAGGGAGUAUGCGGGGAUGGCGGUUGAGGCGCUGGAGUUGGAGAUGGGGCCCGGGACGGGGGAUGCCCGGGCGAUGAGGAUACUGGCGGAGGAUCCGAGGAAGCAUUGGACUUGGGGGAAGCGGAGGAAGCAUGGGAAGUAA